AUGAGUGACAAAAGCAAUUCGAAGCCGCCAGCCCUUGAUCUGGGCAAGCAUCAUAAAUCCGACUUUGAAAGCAUCGCUUACAAGAUUGUCUCACCAGGUCUCCCGCCUCUAAGCGAUAAAAACAGAACAGCUGUGCGUCAGAGUAAAUCCAUAGAGGCCCAGCAAAAACGAUUAAUUAGCGAGCGUACGCAAAGUACCACGCCGACAGAGCCCUCAAGAUCCCCUAGAGAAGGCUUGGGGAAAAGUCUCCCUCGUUUACGUCGAGCCAGGGUCCCGCCUCCUUUGGACGUGACAAACCAUGGAUCAUGGAGAUACGGAUCGGCAAUGCGUUCCGCUCCUUUGAGGGGACACAGAAUGGUUGCCAGACCGUACCCUGUGCCACAGAUGGUUUACAUGCCGCCGGCUGUUCCCUACUACGUUCCUCCUGUUGCGCCCCGCUUUCACCAAGUUAAUAUUCACAAGGGCCAUUACGUGGUAUCCCAACAGCCAGCUAGUCCGGAUGAGGCCGAGCCCGAAAACGAGAAUGAUGUUUGCGAAAAGUCCAACGAGACGUCUUUCGACGACGACGUGGAAAGCUGCGCCAUUGAAGAUGGCGCCGUUGCCAGUCCACCAGUGCACGACAAAGAGCCUCCUGUUUCACUUGUCUCUGGUGAAUUGAGACUUGGAACAGAAAUCUACACCUACCAGCUCCCACUGCAUCAAGAACACAAAGAUUCCAAAGACCAAUGGCUCAGGCUUUGCGGUACUAUCUUUGACGACUAUAUUGCGAGGACUGAAUAUUCAUGA